CGCUCGACAUUACAACUAACUUUUGUAAUUCAACAAAGAGAAGUUGGCAUCUUUUAAUUGCAGUUCAAUUUUAAAAUAUAGCUUGUUUAUAAAGUUAUGCUGAAAUCUAUACAAGAAGAAAAAUGAGGAGAAGACAAUUGGAUAUUCAUAUCUGUGAGCUACCGAAGACAUCUAAUAGUAAUUUGCCGAAAUUACCGCCAAAUGCGAAAUUUUACGUUCACUGGAAGAGGAAUUUUCAGAAACUUUUUCUCGUGUCUGUGAACCAUCCGUUAACACGAAACUUUUUACGUAGUUAUGCGGCGAUUGCUUUUGAAAAAAGGAGACAUGGCCGUUCUUCAUUUUGGUGGGUAAUACAUCCCUGUAGUAGUUUAAGAUAUUACUGGGAUCUUUUAAUGACGUUGAUUUUUCUGUACACCUUCAUAUCAAUACCGUACAUUCUGGCCUUUCAUAGAGUAGCUAAAAAUGCUGACGCAGAAAGUUGGACUCCUGUAUAUCCUGCAUACAUAAUUUGCAUAGUCGACAUUGUUCUAAACUUCCUGACUGGAUUCAGUUCACCAGACGGUCAUGAAAUCUUCUUAGAUCCCUUUUUGAUAACGCGGCACUAUAUAAAAGGAUUUUUCUUAGUUGAUUUUAUAUCCUCAAUUCCAUAUACGUGGUUUUAUGAUUAUGAUAUACUAACUCCAGGUCCUAAUUCAAAUUCUAUCCUUCUGAUUCCUGAAUUUUUGCCGGUUCUGAAGAUUCUACGUAUUUAUACAUUACGUUUUUACAUUGGACAACUAAUCGCGAAUUUCACAAUUUCUCAUGCUGAAGAAAAGACUAUUUGGUUGGUUCUUCUGACAAUGUUAACGUUUCAUUGGUGUAGCUGUAUAAGCCAUAUGUUUCCGUUUCUUGUUUUACACGUAAGCGGAAGAACCAUACAGGGAGCAGAAAUGUAUUAUUUGACUAACAGAUUAUUUGAGAGGUCUGAUGCAGAGAUAUAUUUAAUUUAUUUUCAUAUCGGCAUGAGUAAUUUUUUCGGCUCAUGUUUUAUCGAGUUUGAUACAUUGGGUAAAUCUGACACCGUAAUACGUUGUAUAUUAUUGUUAAUAGGAAAAGGAUAUGUAAUUUAUUUAAUGGUUAUAGUAUUGCAAUUGGUUGAAUCAGCGGUAGAACCGGAAUUAAAGUAUCAAAGAAUUAUGCACCAGGUAAAAGAAUACAUCCGUGAGAAAAAGCUGCCAGAAAAGCUUAAGCGUAAGCUAAUCGAAUAUUAUGAGUUUCGUUUUCAAGGAAGUUAUUUCAAAGAAAAUGCAAUAUCUGGCACUUUGUCAAGUAAUAGUCAAUACAUAACAAACUACAUAUUCUAUAAACAAUUUUCAUUUAUCCUGUGUAAUUCUCCAUUGUUUUGUUUAGACCAUUUAAACCAAGAAAUCAUAAUUCAUAGUAGCCGUGGAUUAUUAGAUACAGCUACUAUUUUGCAUUAUUUGCCACGUAAUGUUAUUGGAAGUUUGAUGGGAGUUUUGAAACCAGUCAUUUAUCUUAAUGAAGAUAUUAUUUAUAAGUGCGACACCGAAGGCGAUUGUAUGUUCUUUGUAGUUAGCGGUACUGUUGCACUUAUUACGUUUGAUGGUAUAGAAGUAUCUCACGAGAAAGACGGAGGAUACUUUGGCGAAGCUUCUUUAAUUUUUCCGGAUCGAAAGAGAAUAGUAUCUGUAAUUGCUUUAGAAAUAUGCGAAUUGUUAAUAAAAACCGACAUGGUUGAAUUGAAGUGGGAAGAAAAGUAUGAACUCAUCACUAGAAAUUUGGCUGAAUGGCUGGGUGAUGAAAAACUCAAAAGUGUUUUAAAAGAACGAGACCUCAAGCUUUAUUGGGGUACUGCUACAACUGGUAAACCACACAUUGGAUAUUUUACACCAAUGUCCAAAAUAGCAGACUUCUUGAGAGCUGGAUCAGAAGUUACAAUAUUGUUCGCUGAUCUUCAUGCUUAUUUGGAUAAUAUGAAAGCACCUUGGGAACUUUUAGAACUUCGUACUCAAUACUAUGAGACAGUUAUUAAAGCGAUGCUUAAAUCUAUAGAUGUACCUUUGGAUAAAUUAAAGUUUGUUAAGGGAACAGAUUAUCAAUUAUCUAAAGAGUAUACAUUAGAUGUAUAUCGCUUAACUUCUAUAGUUACUGAGCAUGAUGCCAAGAAAGCAGGUGCUGAAGUAGUUAAACAGGUUGCAAAUCCUUUGCUUUCUGGACUUCUGUAUCCAGGAUUGCAAGCUUUGGACGAGCAGUAUCUUAAAAUUGAUGCCCAGUUUGGUGGUGUAGACCAAAGAAAAAUAUUCACUUUCUCUGAAAAAUAUUUACCAAUGCUUGGGUAUGAAAAACGUAUCCAUUUAAUGAAUCCCAUGAUUCCUGGAUUGGCAGGAUCAAAAAUGUCUUCUUCUGAAGAAGACUCUAAGAUUGAUCUUUUAGACAAUGCUGCUGCAGUUAAAAAGAAAUUGAAAAAGGCAUUCUGUGAACCUGGUAAUAUAACAGACAAUGGAGUUCUUUCAUUUGCUAAACAUGUGAUAUAUCCAUUAUUAAAAGAAGGGAAAUGUUUUAAUGUACAUAGAGCUGCUGAAUUUGGUGGGGAUGUAUCAUUUCAUAACUAUGAGGACUUGGAAAAUGCAUUUGCUAAGGAAGAAAUACAUCCUGGAGAUCUGAAGAAUGCAGUUGAAAUUUAUAUUAAUCAACUUUUGGAUCCAAUUAGAAAAGAGUUUGAAGCAGAUCCAAAACUGAAAACUUUGGCUAGUAAAGCAUAUCCUGCACAAAAGCCAAAAGUUCUGGAGGUAUUAUCACCAGCUAGAUUAGACAUCAGAGUUGGACAAAUAGUUGAAGUAUCAAAGCAUCCUGAUGCUGAUUCACUUUACGUGGAGAAGAUAGAUGUCGGAGACCCUAGUGGACCUCGUACAAUAGUCAGUGGGCUUGUGAAUUAUGUACCAUUAGAAGAAAUGAAAGACAGAAUGGUAGUGAUUCUUGCUAACUUGAAACCAGCAACACUCAGAGGCAUCCAAUCUCACGGAAUGGUUUUAUGUGCAUCGGUAGAUGAACCUACGAGGCGAGUUGAACCUUUGAGACCUCCUUCGAAUAGUAAACCAGGCGAUAAAGUUCUCGUGGACGGAUACGAAGACGGAACACCGGAUGAUAUAUUGAAUCCAAAGAAGAAAGUGUGGGAAAAGUUACAGGUCGAUCUUGUAGUAAAUGGUAGUGGAGAAGCAUCUUGGUGUGGGAAUCUGUUGCUCACUUCAAGUGGUGGGAAAAUUAUUACUGACAGUCUUAAGAACGUGGCAAUUAAAUAAUAUGCUUCAGAUAUUCGAUCAAAUCUUGAUUGAACCAAGGAAUGCUUGAUAUUUAAAACUGCCAUUUCCGUUUUAUUUUAUUAUUUGCAUUGCAAUUUUGUAUUUUUCAACUGUACGUGUACGACACAGAAAUAGAUAGAAGAAAUGCAUUUAUGCAAGAAAUUUUACACGA